GCCGAAAAGGCAGCAGGGUUGCAGGCUAAGAAGCUGAAGCAAUAUGCCGCGUUCAGCAACAAGUCGCCGUUCCCGGACUUCGCACACCCAACGCCCGAGGAAUGCAAGCUAGCACGCAAGAUCCUCGCGGGGCUACACGGCGACCGGGAGCGGCCCAAGGAAGUCGUCGCCCCAGCUGAUCGGGCUGGAUGCGGCGACUCUCGCUCCGUGCUCGACGCGCUUGUCCGCACCAUCCUGAGCCAGAACACGAGCGACAAGAACAGCACCCGCGCCAAGCUGUCCAUGGACCGCGAGUACGGCGGUAGCGACAAGUGGGACGCCAUCGUCGCGGGCGGCCAGCCGAGGCUCCAGAAGACCAUCCAGUCCGGAGGUCUGUCCCAGUCCAAGUCAAAGGUCAUCAUCGACAUUCUGAACCAGGCCAAGGAAAAGUACGGCGAGUACUCCCUCGAUCACCUCUUCGGGGCCAGCGACGAGGACGCCAUGCGCGAGAUGCUCGGGUUCCAGGGCGUCGGGCCCAAGACGGCCAGCUGCGUGCUGCUCUUCUGUCUCAGGAGGGAGAGCUUCGCCGUCGACACGCAUGUGCACCGCAUCACGGGGCUGCUAGGCUGGAGACCCAAGGACUGCAACAGGGAGGAGGCGCACGCGCACCUUGAUGCCAGGGUGCCGGACGAAGACAAGUACGCACUGCACAUACUCAUUAUCAACCACGGCAAGAAGUGCGACGAGUGCAAGGCCGGCGGGAAGAACCUGGGCAAGUGCGAGCUUAGAAAGGCAUUCAGAGGUGGGAAGGUGAAAGGGGAGGCGGGUGAGGAGGUCAAGACGGAGGAG